AAAGAAAUAGCGACGACGAAUACGGAGGAGGCAGCGAGCGAAGCUGAUGACUUCCCUGAAGGCGGACGAGAAGCUUGGCUUGUAGUCGUGGGCGCGUGGUGUGCGUUGUUCUGCACCUUUGGUCUCGUCAGCAGUGGGGGAACAUUCGUCGAGUACUAUAAGAAUGGGCCUCUAGCGUCGUACAGCGCUAGCACGGUCAGUUGGAUUGCCAGUGCGCAGGUAUUCAUCCAGGUUGGUAGCAUGGCCGUGUGGGGUCGCCUGUAUGAUGCGUACGGCCCACGUUGGCUGCUCGUGCUGGGCACGCCCGUAUACUGCCUCGGACUCAUGAUGACGUCGCUGUCGAUUGAAUACUACCAGAUCUUCCUCUCGCAGUCGGUUCUCAGCUCGCUCGGAUCGGGCGCCCUCUUCAACGCCGGCAUGGCAUCGACAACGUCGUGGUUCUGCCGUAAGCGCGGGACUGUGUUUGGCAUCGUCAACUCGGGCUCGUCGCUCGGCGGCAUUCUUUUGCCCAUCAUGAUGACGCGCCUCUUUCGCUCCAUUGGUUUUGGCUGGACUCUCCGCGUGCUCGGCUUCUUCUUC